AUGAACUUGAGUGCAUCAAGUCCAAGUGGUGCAUCUCUAGCAACCACUACCGUCGGCAUGGUUGCCGCCGUCAAGCAUUUUCUGUCAGCCGAUAAGCGUGGCCGUCAACUCUCCGACGUGUGGGGUUUCUUUACCGAUGACCCCAAUGCCCACAAGCAUGUGUCAGCGGUGUUUCGUGCCACAAUGACAAAGCUUGAAUUUGAAGAACACCCUGACUGGUUUGAAGGCGUGAAGCGGUCCAAGCUGGAAGUCAAGGUGUGCAAGCAAGGUUCAACUCCAACCAUGCGGCAAACCAGUGAAAAGGAGUUCCUUAUGCCUGCUAUGAUCUCUGUUGAUGUUGAAGCCAUCUUCAUGGAUGUUGCAAUGCACUACUAUGUCACCGGCUCUGCAUUCCAGCGGGCUAAAGAAUCCCACCUGGCCCGAGCAUUUCGCCGUGCUCAUCCCAACGCCAAGAUCCCGAACCGACGAUAG